AAAAGUAUGGGACACCUAUACUGGUGACGUGCUUUAUUCUUACUCCCAUGGGCACAUUGUACGUUCAGCUGACAUUUCGGAUGAUGGAACGCGCAUUAUCUCUGGUGGUCAAGAAAAGAAAUUAAGAAUAUUUGAUUUAAAUAAACCAGAAAAUGCUGCCAUGGAAACAGAGGGACACGAUUCAACUAUUAAAAGCGUUAUUUGGGACGGUGAAAGAAAUGUUGUACUGAGUGCUGGUGAUGACAAAGAGAUUCGUAUCUGGGACCUUCGCAGUUUUAAUCAAAUUAACACUUUUAAAGCUGAACAUCCUAUUACGAGUAUGGAACUUUCAGCUGACGGAAAAUAUAUUACAAGUACAGCUGGCAAGGUUGUUUACUUUUUGGAUGCUUCAACUUACCAAGUUUCUAAAUCUAUCGCAACAGCGUAUGAUGUUUCCUCAGUAUCUUUACAUCCUGAUAAUAAAAGAUUUGUAGCCGGUGGAAGUAGUGACUUAUGUGUGAGAAUAUAUGAUUUUGAGAGUGGCAAAGAACUCGAGUUUUAUAAGGGUCAUCACGGUCCGAUUCAUACAGUGAGUUACAGUCCCGAUGGUGAAAUUUAUGCUACUGGUUCAGAGGACGGCACUAUAAGGUUGUGGCAGACAACGCCCGGGAAAAGUUAUGGUCUUUGGCAAAAUAAGGCAUCUAAAGAUGAAAAAGAGAAUGAUGUGGACGGAAUACAGACAGAAUAA